UCGACCCGGCCUCGCCCCCGUCGCUAUGGAGACCCGUUGCCCGGCAACGCCAGGUAGCAGUGGGCGGAGCGGCGGUUUGGCGAGGCAGUUUGAAUGGGGCGAGGAGCGCGCGGGCGCACGCGAGGCGAAAUGAGAGUCGGCGUCGGCUCUCGAUCCCGGCCGUGCGACCAAAGAGGGAGCCCGAGAGGAGAGAAGCGCCUGCCUUCCACGCUGUCCUCAAGGAGCCAGGAUCCCAGGGCCGCAGAUGAAUCUGCUUCAGGAAGAGAUGGUCAAGCCCAGCCGCAUUCACCAAUAAAAAUCUUACAACAACAGUUGGAAUCAUUCCAAGCCCUUCGACAGCAAACACUGCAGAAUGUCAGCAUGGUCCAGUGUGAAAUCAAUGGAAUACUUAACAAAAAUAUAAUUGAUAUGAAGAGUUCAGAAUUGGAUCCAGAUAAUUUAUCUUUGACUAGCACACCUAUCAACAUUGCUAUGCCAAGGAGAUAUCAAGAACCAUCACAUUUUAAGAAGCAACUUCAUUUUGAUGACAGACCUAGUACCAGUUUCAGUACAAAAACUGAUUCUAGCACUCUGUUUGGAGACACAAUCACAGAAGAAAAUAUUCCACAUCAUAAUUUGUUAAAAUAUAAAGCCAUUGGGAAGUCGGAAGACCAUGCCCAGUCAUCUAGAAAUAAACCUAUUCUGUCUUUAAACAAUGACCAUGAAUUGAAGAAUUACAUGAACAACAUUUCUUCCUCAUCUUUUAUCAGCUUCAAAGCAGAUGACAGGCCUCCUCUAAAGGAGUACAAAAGUUAUGAUGACCCUAAAGUGCCUAAGGUGUUCCCUAAGUUUGAUGAUGAGGACAACGAAUGCUUGACAGAGAGUGUGAGUUUUUCUUUCAAGGACAGGCAAGAGGAGAGUAAAAGAGACCCAAGGCAUGAACCGUUGUAUACCUUUGACUUUCAGAAUACGCGUAAUGUAUGUAGCAAAGACAAUGAUUCUGGUUAUCUGUCAGAACAAGAUCUAACAGAAAAAGCAACGAAUAUGCCAAAUGAAGAGUUGAAAUCUAGGAGAAUUUCAGAAGCAGAGGGUUCAGCUGAUAAGUUUCACGGUGCCAUGGAUUCUUCUCAAGAAAAUAAUCAAAAUGCAACCCAAGCUGCAUAUGACAGAAAGUACAGUAAGGAAACUCUCAUGAAAGAGGAUGCUGUGGACAAGCUUCAAUUAAAUUUCUUGUCCAAAGCAGUGGUAAGAGAUAAUUUAUUAUUUCCAGAACACAUCGAAGACAGGCAUGUAGAAAAAGAGUAUCCGUUGCUUAGCUCAAAUCAUGAGCUCCAAAACAAGACUGGUCUGGAAUUCUGUGAUGCCUAUACUAUGCCAGAUGAGUUUGGUGAAAGUGUUAGAUUAAUACAGAUGCCUGUGAAAGAGUCUGAGCAUGCUCAGAAAAAAACGAAGAACCUUGAACAUGAAAAUAUAGAUCUUAGGAACCAAGUGAAACCUCUUACAGACGUUAUACAGUCUCUAACAGAACAAAACAUAAAAUAUCAAAAACAAAUUAAGGAUUUAUACGACGACAAGAAUAAAAUUCAAGAGAGACUAGUUAAGUCAGAAGGAGAUUGCAAAGAAUGCCUUAAAGAAGUCAAAAGGCUUCUGAAAAAAUGCAAAGAACUUCAACAGCAAAAGGCGACUCUGGAGGAAAAUCAGGACCAGCUUUAUGCUCAGAAUCAGCGUAUUGUGGAAGACAUCAAUGAUUUUCAGAAGAAAAAUCAGAAGGCGCAGGAUGAUCUGGCUUUUUUCACAAAAGAAAAAAGUGAUCUUAUUAUGGCAUUAGGGUCUUUGGAAAAACAGGUGGCAGCGUAUCAAGAAGAAAAUAAAAAACUAAGGGAGGAGAUAGGUCAGCUUACAGAGACAAAAAAAAUUCUGGAAACCGAACGUGGGGAAAAACAGAUGGAUAUUCAGAAACUGAAAGAAAAUGAGAAGGCAACGAUGUCUAAUCUGGAGUCUCUACUUAAUGAGAUACAGUCUCUUAAAGAUGAAAAACUGAAGUUAGAGGAGACAUUGCAAGAGGCACUUAAAGUAAAGGAAGUCCUGAAGAAAGACCUCUUAGAAGCCCAAUCCAAAAGAGCUGACACAGAGGGAAAACUGAUGACUGAAUGCAAAACUGCAAAAUUAGAAAUGGGAAUUCUGAAUACUAAUUUGUCCAACACAGAAAGAGAGUGUAGGAAGCUGGGAACAAUGGUAGUAGGCAUUACAGAGGAUAACUGGGUUCUUAAAAAGCAGCUCCAUGAAUAUAAGCAGGAGGCCACAGAAUAUAAAAACAAAGUAAGACAACUGAGUGCGGAGCUCUUACUAAUGGAAAAUGAAAUGCGCUCUGCAGAGAACGAACGAAAUGUUUUGAAGUUUGAAGCACGCCGCCUCCAGAAGAAUAAUGCUUAUCUUCGAGACCAAGUUAUUGCUCUGUUCAAUGAGCAGUACAAACAAAGGUUCCGCUCUCACAAUCAAAAGGGAAAUUACCCAUUUGCUAAUUCUGCUGAAAUUUGUGAUGAAAUAUCUAGCUAUCAGCAUAUUUCUUCUAUGCAUAUCCAACCAGAUGAUACUAAGACACCAACAGCAAUGCCUGAAUUUUUAGGGCAGGAUCAAUCAAAAGAAAAGGGCUUGGAAGAGGACUCAGAGUGUGGAAAGAUUGCUGAGAUCCAACGGAAACUGGAAAAUGAAGAACUAUUUACAGAGAAGGGUGACAACAAAGUCAAGCUGUACAGUACUUUUUCAGUCCGUUGCACCACAUCCAUCGUAAGAGAAUCGGGGCUUACAAGUGUCAUGCAGAAGAAACGUAGCACUCUUUGCUCCACCACUUAGCCUUUGAGGACUAAGCAUACAGGUGUAAAGGACUAAAAUGUCUUUCUGAUUAUUUCCUAAGACACAAUAAAGGACAGAACUAUCAGAAUGCACAAAUAUUCACAAGCACUAGGGGAAAAAAUGACCUAAAGUUGUGCAUGGGAAAGAGCCAAACUGCCGCAAGCACGCAUUUUAAUGUUUACUUGCAUAUCUCCUCUAUUUCAGAAAAGGUUGUUUUUAAAAGAAUGGAACAUCAAACAUAGUUUUGAAUGGUAUUUUUACUGUAUAUUAUUCUGGUAACUUGAGAUUUGUUAUAACAGUACCUUCAAUUAAAAUUAGACAAACUGGGGGAAAGUAGCAUGCCUGGUGAAAUGUAAAACUUGAGUUCUCUAUUAAAACACAAAACAAUCUUUAAAAUUA